AUGGCUCUUGCAGUCAUCCACAGUGAUGGGCGGGGAAAUUAUGGGAGUCACAUGGUCAUGCAGCGUAACUUGAAACGUAGAGCUGGUUCGGGUUGCUCCUCCAGCAGCCCUCAGGCGCCAAGCCUCGGCCUUGAGGAUGGACACCGGCUCCACAGAAAUGGCCACAUCUCAGACGGUGUUAAUGAACAGGGCCCGUGCCAGCGCAGCACCUAUGCCUCCACUGCUAGCACAUCCCACCGCUACCUCCCCAAGGCCCAUGAGCGCAUUAACGCAACCCUGGACCUGAUUGAGGGCAGCAUGACUGUUUGCACAACAAAGAAGAGUUUUGAUCCGCACAUCAUCAUUAGGGCCAGAGACCUAAAAACUGCAUUGGUUCAGGGAAACACAGUUUCAGCCAUUGGACUUUUUAGAGACUUAAAAGAAGUUAGAAAAGUAGUCCUAGCUACUAUAAAGAAUAUUCAUCCAAUUUAUAAUAUUAUAGUGAGAAGAUUGGCAAAAAAUUCUGAAUUAAGAUCACAAAAUUGGGAAAGGUUUUUACCACAGUUCAAGCACAAAAAUGUAAACAAAUGCAAGGAACCAAAGGAAAAAAUGUUUAGAAUGUAUAUACCAUUCCCACCACCAUAGCCAGAAAGUCAGAUUGAUAAAGAACUGGCUAGUGGUGAAUAUUUCCUGGAGGCAAGACAAAAGAAGCUGCAGAAAAUGGAAGCAAUAAAGGCUAAACAAGCAGAAUCUCUUAGUAAGAGACAAGAGGAGAAAGUUUUUAUUCCACCUAAAGAAAAACCACUGUUGAAGGGUAAGGAAGCUUCUACUGAAACUAAAAUUGAUGUGGCUGCCAUCAAGGAAAAGAUUAAGAAAGCAAAGAAUAAGGAAAUGGGAGCUCUCACAGCUGAUGAAGUUAAGCUUAAAAUGGAAACAGAUGAAAAGAAAAAAAAAGUAAUACACAAAAACACUGAACUAGAACUUACUAAGCUCUCUCCUUUUGUAAAGGACUUUGAGAUACUAGGGCAUUAGGUGCCUUAUGUAUAAGAAGUAAUACUCUGAUUACUUUUUUCUUAGUUUAUUUUGUUCUUUAUAAGAGUGUUUAUAUAUACAGCUGUUCUUUAUAAAUAUAAAUUAUUAUAUUUUCCAUGUGUUUUUUGAAAAAUUUUAUACUAUAGAGUAGGGGGGUGUGUGUGUGCAUCUGAAUACAUUGCACCUAAUGUCUUCCAGGCAGGCCUGGUCUAACAUGAUUUUAGGAGUACUUCUUUAGGUUGUU